AUAUAGCAUUUGCAAGUGAAUCCAAAUGAAGCAUUUUAACUGUUUAAAAUAAACUUAAAUGAGAAUCUAAUGAUUCGUCUCACUGAAAAUCUGUGAAAUGUUGGGAUUUUAGAAUGAAACCUGGAAGCUAAAGGGAAUACCUCAUUGGAGACAUUGGUGGUGCAUCACUGGGCCUUGGCUAUAGGCAAGUAUAUUACUUACCCAGGGUGAGAAAUACUUUCACCUGGGACUACCCCUGAGAGUCCAUCCACUAUUUCAAAUACAUGUGUCAGUUAUGUUUUAUUUAACAAUCUCAGGGAAAUGGAAUGUGAGGAAGGGUCAGUACAACUUUUUACAGCUGUGUUUAGACUAAUUAAAAUGUCUAUGCACAUUAUAAAGCAAAGCACUGAAGCCACAUACCCAGGCUGUACAGAUUUCUAUGAUCUGCUGGAAUAAUGGACCCUCUCAAUGCAGGGAAGGAGAAGCUAAGUUUUAAUCUGUUGUAAACAUUUAUGUUUUUUGCAUCCCUGCUGUGUCACAAGUCACUGAUUUGGGACUUUUUUUUAAAUUUCUUUUGGUUCUCUGAGUAUGGAAUCAUGGAAUGCAGGUACUGCUGCCUUUGCACAUGGAAGAGUAUCAGAAAGGUGAAACUUUAAGAUAAAUUUUAUAACAAGAUCCAUAAAAAAGGGGAAGGACAGAUGGCAUGUUCUCAGAGUCUGUUGACAUACAAGGACGUGGCCAUCAAUUUCUCUGAGGAAGAAUGGGAAUGCCUGGGCACAUGUCAGAGGGAUUUGUACAGAGAGGUCAUGUUGGAGAACUACAGCAACCUGGUUUCUGUAGGUCUUUCUGUAUCAAAACCAGAGCUAUUCACCUGUCUCGAACAGAACAAAGAACCCUGGAUUAUGAACAUAGAGGGAGCAGAAGGUAUAGAACCAGGGCCCAUGUCCAAUUUGGUCUCAGUUCCUUGGCAGCAAUAACAAUGUCAGGUAUGAGUUCCAACAAUGCAGUUGAAGUUAAGAAAAUCAAAUACUGGUUAUCUAUUGCCAACACAAAUUGUUAAUUUUGCACAUUGCUUUCAGACCAGCGAGAAUAUUCAGUUACAUGGUUCAUAAUGGUGAAAGACUGAUGAGUACUUUUCUCCUCAUGUAGCAUAUAUAGCGUCUUCUAACACCAUGCAUGUAUUUCAGUUGGUUUAAAGUGUCAGUUGCACACAAGUUUGAUAUCUUCCCAUUCAAUGUUUUAAGUAUGUGAGCCUUAUCAUUGGGUUGUUGAUGGUAACUAAUUAGAAAGUCAAUACCCAAAAUGUUUUGGUAUAACACCAGAAAACAAUGCAACCCAUUACGUGUACAGGAGGCUUUAUUUGUUGGCACAUGAUUUCAAGAUUGGGUAUUGACUACACUAUUGUACAGUAAUG